CUCUCUUUUUCCGCUCAUUGUGUUGACUUUUCUUCAUCGCUUUGUGAGAUGAGCGGAGCGUUGUCGUCGUCGCCGCCGGGCACGGUAGCCGCCGGCCCUCAAGUCGCGUCUGCGUGCACCGAAUUUCACCCUGGAUGGACCCCCCACGUUCGCUCGACCUCGCUCUACACAACGCUCCGGACGCUCGUCGAGCUUGCCGCCGAGAGCGCAUACAUGGACGAAGAGAUGAGAUUUUCAAUUCCGUUCGGCGACUAGGACCCGCGGCGCUUGCCAGAGAGACACCAAAGUCCCGGCGGCGGCCAGUCUGCCACUCAGGCACCAACCAAACAACCAGAGGUGAAUGAUGGCGAUGAGAAUGAUUCGUCUUGCGGUGCGCGGGUGGAGCCAAUCUGCGCGUGCGUCGAUGCAGACGCCCUCGCCACUUGGCCGGCUCACGCUGCACUCGCGAAUCGAGCUCAAAUUUCUCUGCUUUGCCCCGGCUGUUUCGCCGCGCCGGCCGCCGCACCCGCACCCGCACGCGCAAGACUGUGCAGCGACGCUCGGCCUCGACCAGGAGCAGCAGCGAUCUGCAUUGGGAGCAACUUUGGUUCCAUGAGGUUUAAGGCAAGGGCCGAAGGUGAUCUUCCUCUCUCUCCCCUGCCCUUUGGUCUGCCAUGGCUUCUGUUGAUCAGAUCCAACGCAGCGCCUCGGAGACGGACAAGGCGUCGUCUGCCAACGACAUCACCUCCAACUCGUCG